AUGAAGUCGAUCUCUACAUACACGACUCUUUCAAUAUCCUCCCUUCUGCUACUCGCCCACGCCUGGCCCUUGAUUCCGGGCUCCAUCGAGCGAAGAGAGCCUGCUUCCUACUCGGUCGUCGCGGUAGACGGUGGUAAUACAGGAGGAGGAGGCACAGCAUCAGCAACCACUGUCACCGAUGCGGUCACACACACAGCAACAGUGAUGAAGACGCAGUUGUCCACAAUGGUCGUGACUGAGUCAGAAGUACCUGACACCAUAGUAUUGACCGUCACCUCCCCAUCACCAACGACCAUUACCGACUAUUUACCUCCCUCAGUAACGACGCAAGUUGUGACUGCUAUUCCCGAAUCAUCCGCACAGCCUAACCGACAACCACCACAAUUAAGCAGGUCACCACCUGUGAUAACAUCGCAUGCUUCUCCAUCAUCCUACUCUGUCCCGAGUUUCUGGAACUUCACCCCUUCACCAGUAACCGUCACUGUGACACAAGCUCUUCCAUCCUCGAGGCCAUACGACGAUGGCAUGUGGCAUACCUACUACUACCAUACUGUCAGCUCUGAGAUCGAAUCCAGUUCUACCACAAUCUCGGAAUGGAGUGCCAGCGCGCCAAGUACAACAGCGAUCCCGGAGUUUUGGGGAGGUCCCAACUCUGGCCGCUUGCCUGUGCCAACGUCGGACGUGAGCACUGGAACGCCAACUGAAGCGCUAGGAUUCUGGAGUGGCCCGAAAGAAGUCGCCUCUUCGACUGUUUUGUGA